GACGCCGUCUGACCCAUCCUACACUGCCCCUCUCUUUCCUCGCAUUAUUAAGCCACCGGAAACGCAGUCACCUUGUCCGCUUGUGGCAGCAAAGCAACGAGAGCUAAACCUCGGAACGGAACGGCAACCGCGAGCGCGGCACACCCAAGGAGGCUUCCCUUCCGAUCACUCCCCAUGGCGUCGCACAUCAUCCUGCCGCCGGAGGACGACGACGACGACGAUUACAGUCUGGGGGAAGAGGAAGAGGAGGAGCGGGAGGAUUGGGAACGCGGGCCCCCGGAGCUGCCGGCGAAGGCGGCGCUGCCGUUCUCGGCGUCGUGCGUGCGGAUCUCCCGCGACUCGUACCCCAACCUCCGCGCGCUCCGCAACGCCUCCUCCGUCAGCGUCGCCGACGCCGCCUACGUCAAGAUCUCCGAGGGCGACUUCGGAUACGUCCUCGACGACGUGCCGCACCUCACCGACUACCUCCCCAACAUCCCGACUUAUCCUAACCCAUUACAAGAUCAUCCGGCCUAUUCAAUUGUCAAGCAAUAUUUUGUCAAUGAAGAUGACACUGUACCUCAAAAGGUGGUUGGUCAGAAGAACAGCCGGCGCGGUGUUCACUUCCGUCGCGCUGGGCCUCGUCAGAGAGUUUAUUUUGACUCUGAUGAAGUGAAAGCCUGCAUUGUAACUUGUGGAGGCCUCUGCCCUGGGCUUAACACUGUUAUCAGAGAACUGGUGUGUGGUUUGUCACACAUGUACAAUGUCAACAAAAUCUAUGGAAUUCAGAAUGGAUACAAGGGCUUCUAUUCUAGCAACUACCUUCCCCUGACACCAAAGAGUGUCAAUGACAUCCACAAAAGGGGUGGUACAGUUCUUGGAACAUCACGAGGCGGUCAUGAUACAAAAAAGAUUGUUGAUAACAUUCAAGAUCGUGGGAUUAAUCAGGUGUAUAUCAUCGGAGGAGAUGGAACUCAGAAGGGAUCAUAUGAGAUCUUCAAGGAAAUCCGAAAACGUGGCCUAAAAGUUGCUGUGGCUGGAAUUCCAAAGACAAUAGAUAAUGACAUCGCGAUUAUCGACAAGUCCUUUGGCUUUGAUACGGCUGUGGAAGAGGCCCAGCGCGCCAUUGAUUCAGCUCAUGUGGAAGCUUGCAGCGCCGAGAAUGGAAUAGGCUUAGUAAAACUGAUGGGUCGUUAUAGUGGGUUCAUUGCGAUGUAUGCUACUCUUGCUAACAGAGAUGUGGACUGCUGUUUGAUUCCAGAGUCUCCAUUUUAUAUGGAUGGAGAAGGUGGAUUGCUUCAAUAUAUAGAAAGGAGGCUAAAAGAGAACAAGCACAUGGUUAUUGUUGUUGCUGAGGGAGCAGGACAGGAUCUUAUUGCAAAAAGUAUAGCCAAUCAGCAAGAUGCAUCUGGAAAUAAGCUGCUUCUUGAUAUUGGUCUUUGGUUGACUCACAAGAUAAAGGACUACUUCAAGAGCAAAAAGAUGGAGAUGACGAUCAAAUACAUAGAUCCUACCUACAUGAUCCGUGCAAUUCCAAGCAAUGCAUCAGACAAUGUCUACUGCACACUUCUGGCUCACAGUGCUAUCCAUGGUGCAAUGGCAGGGUAUAGCUUCACAGUUGGAAUGGUCAAUGGCAGACAUACCUAUAUACCUUUCUAUAGGGUGACAUCCAUAAGGAACAAAGUUAAGAUCACUGACAGAAUGUGGGCGAGGCUGCUAUCGUCAACCAACCAGCCAAGCUUCUGGAGUCAGAAGGACAUUGAUGAAGCGAGUGAGGCUGAUAGGUUGGCCAAGAGGCCACCGCUGCCAAUGAUCGCCAGCCAUCGCGUGGCCAACUCUUUCGAGCAAUCUGCGUCGACUUCUUCAAAUAGCGAGAACUAGUGAUUGCUGGUGCAAUCACAAUCUGUGUACAGUAAGCUACCGCUAUCCUUCUGAGACCUGGGCUGUUGGCGACGCUACAAGUUUUGCUUUUGAUACGCAUAUGCUUGUGUAGAAGGGACACAUCACACACGGAUACUAUCCUGAUAGCACGAGUAAUAAAACGAACACCAGAGUGAUGAAGCUUUACACGUACUACCGUAUUUACACUAGUAUCUGCCGAGUUGUGCCAUCGAUUUUUUCUUCUUAUUUUCUUUUGGGAGCAGACGUGCCAUCGGCUGGUGAUCGUCUGCUCUUAGAUCAUGGUCCAUGUCAGUUGAAAUCACUUCAGCAAUGUGAUGGCCCGUCAGAUGGUUGGCUUGUAUA